AUGGACGAUGCCUCUGAUCUUGUCGACGCCUCUAGCUCAGCGGGGAGCACCACCGAUCCGGAUGGUAGCGAUAACGGCGAGGCUAGCGACACCAGCGACUGCGAGCAGAACGAGCCUACCAGCUUGAUCUCAAGCCUGCCGGCAGAAGAGCGCUGUGUGCAUGUCGUGUCGGGGGAGACGCGCGUUAGCAUUCUCACUGUGGGCUGGUUUGUCGAGCGCGCUAUCGUGCACAAUUUGAAGAACUUCUACGCGAUGUACCCCGCGUCUGUGAUGCGCUUCAGGCAGAAGCUUUAUGCAGAGUUUGCUGAAGGGGAUGAAAGCGUCAAUUGUUCUGUCGUGGUGGAUAGGCUGCUGGAAAGAGAUUUGCAGGAAAGAAGACGGAUGGAGAUGAAAGCAAGGGCCAACGAAUGGAAGAAGGAGGACGACAACGUGAGUGAUCUGGAACUGCAGAGCGAGGACGAAGACUGGGAUGAUGUGGAAUAGGGCUUCCGAAAUGUACAGGACAAUUUUGUUGCAGGUGACGAAGGGGGAAUUAUGGUUGUGAGUUAUAUGGGGGUUCCCCCGGCAGUGCGCACGGGGGAUGCUUGCACGUCGUAUUGCUCGCUGCGUCGGGGACGUGAUAGAGAAUUUUUAGGCUUGUCGUUCGGUUACCCCACGAACAGGAGUCGCUAAUUUCUUUGUAGAAGAGUAGCUUGGACUAUGCCCUUUUCGCGGGCACCAGCGCGGCUCGACGCUGCGAAGGAGGCCAGACGCGUUAGCAAGACGCUGUUGUAAAAGCACUUAGUAUUAUCGUAUGGCAGGAUGUUUGAGCAGCUACGUAGAGAUAUUUGCUCUGUCCCAGCCUCGUACACGUAUCAUAACAACCACAGGGUUGGGCUCGCCCCCAGCUCACAAAAGUUCAGCCUUUCCUCUCGA